UCAACAAAUAUUUGAACAAGAGCAGAUUAGGUGCAGCAGGUGGAGCUAUUCACGCCCACAAGAGUUGGAAGGGGUCAGUGCGCAGUACCGGAAGUAAAGCUCAGUUUCCUGAUAAACAGCUGUGACGACGAUGGUGUAUGUGUCGAAUGGUGAAGUUCUGGACAGCAGGACUCGGUGGAGACUGUCGUUCUUUAGUGACCUCUUCUGGGGUGUAGUUGAGUUUGUUGGCUUGUUCUUCCAGACUAUCAUUAAGCCAGAUAUGUCCAAAAAAGGCAACAACGGCGCAUCGUCUCGCUUCAGUGAUGGCAGAGGUCCUCCGGGGUUCCCUGGCCGCAGACGGAUGGGCAGAAUAAACCACGGCGCAGGUCCCUCCGCUCCUCCUAUGGCUGGAGGAGGAUGAGGACGGUAAAUGCCUGCACAUUGUUGUGGGCGUUGAGGAGAGUGAUGUACUGCUCAGAUAAGAUCAUCAUCAUGUCUACAGUAUGACAAACUCCUCUCUUCACAUCUGUCACUGCUCGUAUAGCAGAUUCUUGACGUGACUCUGGGAAUUCCUUCAUGAAGGGUCCGGAGUGACUGAAUAUGGCAGUCAGAUCCUCAUCGAUAUCAUAUGAAAUAUGUGUUUGCGUAUGUUUGUUUUCCUAACCCGUGGCUCACUCUGUUUUUAUUUUGAUUUUAUAAAAGUUAUGUUUUUGUAGCAGACUCUGUAUGUUUGAUUUGCUUCAAUAAAGUAAGUUAUGCUGA